AUGCCUUCUCUUACGCCUGCCCAUGUUAGCAAGCAGUACAUACGAAGAAAAAGGAGCACUAAAAUGGAUGAAAGGAAAAAAUUGAAAAUCAAUAAUUUAUUUACAACUGUUAACUUAAAUAAUAAAAAGCAGGUAAUAAAUAGAAGUGCAGAUAAUGAUGGAAGGAUAAACAUAGAUAAGGAAAAAAAAAAGAGCAUAUGGUCUUUGUUUUCGAAAGUUGACGACCCGUUCGAGGAAAAGAAAGAUGCAGACAGUGUAACUGAUAAGGAGUAUAACAGUAAGGCUACUCCUGAUAAGAUAUAUGGUGAUAAGGCUACUACUGAUAAGAUAUAUGGUGAUAGGGCUACUACUGAUAAGAUAUAUGGUGAUAGGGCUACUACUGAUAAGAUAUAUGGUGAUAAGGCUACUUCUGAUAAGAUAUAUGGUGAUAAGGCUACUUCUGAUAAGAUAUAUGGUGAUAAGGCUACUUCUGAUAAGAUAUAUGGUGAUAAGGCUACUUCUGAUAAGAUAUAUGGUGAUAAGGCUACUACUGAUAGGCCAAAUGACGACAUUUUUUUUACGCCAAGAAAUGCGCCCCAAAAAAAGGAGGAAACCCCCAGAAGCUUAAGUCAAGGCUUAUUUAAAAAUAUGCAAGAGAAUUAUGAUAUUAAAAAAGAAAUAGAGAACAUUUCAAACAGCUUUAAACGUAAAAACAAUAUAUUAUUGUCAGAGAAAACAGAUGAUAGCCUGUUAAGUAAUAUACUAUCAGCUAAGAGAAUAAAAACAAAUAAAACUAAAACAGAGGAUAAUUCGUCAUCGUACAACUCAUAUAAAGAAUUUUUUUUAAGAGUUACUAAUCAUAAUCUCAAAGAAAAUGAUGAAAAGAAAAAAGUGGUAUCCGACAAUUUGGUAAAUAACAAGAUAUGCUACAAAAUAAAAGAUGAUAAUGUUCUUAGUAGAAUAAAGAAAGAAAACAAGCAAAAUCUCGGUGAUCUUGAAGAGAAGAAUAGAAAUACUACCUUGUGUAAUUACAAAGUGGAUGAUGAUAGUAUUACCUCGGGUAAAGGGCUAGGCAAAACAUGCCCAACAACAUCCGAUGGAGAGAAAAAAAAUAUGUACACAUGCAUAAUAAAAAAGAAAAAUAUAUGUGUUCCUGUGAAUGUAGUAAAUGAAAAUAAAAAUAAAAAAAAUAAUAAUAAUAUAAAAAAACUACAGAACUGUUUUAGUAAAAAUGAUAAAUUUGAUAUAUUCAAUCACAUAGGAGAUGAUGUGUUCAGGUAUAUUUUGUCAAAUGUAAAAAAUAAAAAUAUGUUAUUAUUAAAUAGAAGAUUUUGUUAUAUUAUUCGUUUCUUACGUUUAAAAUUGAUAUAUGAUGAGUCUUUAAAAAAUACUAUACCCCCUGAAAGUAUAAUAAAAACAAUAUAUGCCUCUGAGAAUAUUGAAAUAUUAGACUUAUCAGGAUGUGCACACAUAACGUCUCAUCAUUUUAAUUUACUUUGUAACUCUAAUAAUAUCAAAUUUAAUAAAACUUUAAAAAUUUUAUGUUUAAAAAAUUGUAAUAAAAUAUGUGAUUCUAGCUUAAAAGCACUUUUACAUAGAUUCAGGAAUUUAAAAGUAGUUGAUAUACGUAAUUGUUAUAAAAUUAGUCAUGAGGGAAUAUACCCUUUAAAAUUUAGAUCAACCUUAACUAAGUUGUACAUUGGAAAUAUAUCAGCGUCUAGUUUGACAAAUUAUCAUUCCAAUGACUCCCUAAGGGUAUUGUUUGGGAAUAGCACUAAUGGGAGUAUGGCUUAUGGGAGUAGCCAUGACAACAAGAACAAUAACAGUGACUACAUACUUCUAGACACAGUUCUGAAAAAUUUAGUAUGCUUCGAAAUUACGAAUGCAAAGCAGCUGAAUGAUAUUUCUUACUUAUAUAUGAUAGCGAAAAAUUUAAAAAUUUUUAACCUAAGUGGAUGCAACAUUGAUGAUUCCGCUUCUAUUUUUUUUAAAAGUUUUACAAACCUCAUAGCUCUCAAUUUGGCUGAUACGAAAAUAUCAAAUGAGGUGAUGAAAACAGUAGUUAGCUGUUCAAAGAAAUUGAGGAUAUUAGACAUUUCCAAAACAUUCGAAAUGGAUAACAAUACGAUUUUACAAAUUUCGAGGAAUCUCACGAAUUUACGAAAAAUUAAACUAUCUUCAUUGCAAAAUGUAGACAAUUUUUGCAUUCGAGAGUUUUUAAAACACUGCAGGGAUUUAACAGCUAUUGACUUCUCAAGUUGUUGGAAGGUCAAUAACUCUUUCUGCAGUGCAAAUGGGUUACAUGUAGCAUCAGGGUGUAAACUGAAAGACGUGGGGGCGUAUCAGUGCUCCAUCGAUAGGAAGGUUUGCGAGGUGUCUCUAUCCGAAGCUGGUUGUUCUUCCAUUCGCGUGCACAUUUAUAAUGAGUUGAAAUUGUUUGAGACAUCAAUAUAUACGGACAUUAAUUCCCUCGAGCACGCAGAUUAA